AUGGUGAGAAGGCCUGAGAUGUGGCAUCUAGUAGUGUUGGUAAUUUUACAAGUGUCAGCUUGGGUUUAUGGAGUCCCACAGGUCCCUUGUUACUUCAUUUUUGGAGAUUCAUUAUUCGAUAAUGGCAACAACAAUUACCUGCUGACCAAGGCCAAAGCCAAUUAUCCUCCAUAUGGGACUGAUUUUCCCGGAGGUCCUACAGGAAGAUUUAGCAAUGGUCGAAACAUGGGAGAUUUUUUAGCUGAACUUCUAGGAUUUGAAAGUUACAUUCCAUCCUUUGCAAGCAGUUUAAAGGGUGGUGAAGACAUUCUUCAAGGUGUAAAUUAUGCAUCUGGAGGAGCUGGAAUUCGCGAUGAGACUGCGAUACAAAACCUAGGAGAAGUAAUUAGCAUGAACAAGCAGUUACUACGUCACCAAGAAACCAUCUCACAUAUCAUGAGAAUAUACAGAGACAGGAAAUCAGCAGAAGAAUAUCUGAGAAAGUGCAUGUAUACAGUCGGAAUUGGCAACAACGAUUACAUUAACAAUUACUUCCUGCCUGAAUUUUACCCUACAAGUCACCAGUAUACUCCUGACCAAUAUUCCAUUCAUCUUGUUCAACAAUAUUCACAGCAACUGAAGGAUUUGUACGAGCUUGGAGCAAGGAAGAUAGCGGUAUUCGGAUUGGGUCUUAUUGGCUGUACGCCCGGCAGUGUGGCUAUGCAUGGGACAAAUGGAUCUUCAUGCGUUGACUCCAUGAAUAUUGCAGUCCAACUAUUUAAUGCUAAACUGUCAUCACUGGUGGAUGACCUCAAUAAACAAUUUCCAGACGCCAAGUUUAUAUAUGUCAACAUUUUUGGGAUUUCUUCUACCCCGGCAGCUGGAUCAUCAGUGAGCAAUGUUCCAUGCUGUGAGGUGGCGAAUCUAGCAAUGACCAAUGGAGUUUUGACGUGCAUUCCUUACAGUAUUAUAUGUUCUAAUAGAGCCCAAUAUUUGUUUUGGGAUGCAACUCAUCCAACUGAGGCUGUCAGUUUGUUCCUAGCAGGAAGAUCAUACUCUUCUCAACUUCCUUCUGAUGCUCAUCCGAUGGAUAUUAGUAGCCUUGCUCAAAUUUGAUAUAGAUAUAUAACUUCAAUUUUAUAUUCAUAAAUGGGAUGAAUUAAUUCCUCUUUGAAUAAUUACUUCAAUUCACUUAUUU